AGGUGUGGCGUUGGCCGCGGGGCCUGCCGGGAGGUGUGGCGGUUGCAGCGGGAGGGCGCUGGGCGGUUGUUGAGAAUGGCGGCGGUGAGUGGUGCGUUGUCGGAGCUGUCUGAAAACUUUAACAGUUCAUUGUGCCGAAAAUGUUCUGGUUUGGAGCGUGCGGCUGCUGCCGCCAAGUGGGUCCGUCUGAAUGUCGGUGGCACCCGGUUCCUGAGCACCCGCCAGACCCUCUGCCGCGAUCCUAAGUCAUUCCUGUAUCGACUGUGCCAAGCCGACCCCGACCUGGAUUCCGACAAGGAUGAGACUGGUGCCUAUCUCAUUGACCGAGAUCCUACCUAUUUUGGACCUGUGCUUAAUUACCUGCGACAUGGGAAGCUGGUUAUUAAUAAAGAUUUAGCAGAGGAAGGUGUGCUGGAGGAAGCAGAAUUUUACAACAUUACAUCACUAAUAAAGUUAGUGAAAGACAGAAUAAGAGAGAGAGACACCAAAACAUCACCGAUUCCAAUGAAGCAUGUCUAUAGAGUAUUGCAGUGCCAGGAAGAGGAGCUCACCCAGAUGGUGUCUACAAUGUCUGAUGGCUGGAAGUUUGAACAGCUGGUCAGUAUAGGUUCCCCGUAUGGCUAUGGGCGGGAUCAUCAAUCAGAGUUUCUGCUGAUUGUGUCGCGGGAAGUGAAGGGGGAGGAGACCAGUUUCCACAACAGCAGCAGCGAGUUAGUCAGUAUUGGCUCUUCCUAUAACUAUGGAAAUGAAGACCAGGCUGAAUUUCUUUGUGUUGUCUCCAGGGAGUUGCAUAAUGCUCCAUAUGGCACAAACACGGAACCCAGCGAAAAAGCCAAGAGCGAAGAUGAAGAAACGGAUUGCGAAAUGAAUGACUCAGAUUAAUUUGAAAUAAAAUGUACUGAUUCUUCAAGAGCGAGGAUCACGGAUGUGAUGUCAGUUCUGUAUUGGCCUAUCAAGAAAUUUUAAGUUAUUUUACUUUCUAGGGAAAUGCAAGAGGGAUCAGCCAUGGUGUUGUUCGAAAUCCGGUCUCUGACGUGAACAUUUCUUGCAAUAACUUUGAACCUUGAUCUCCCUCUCUGCUUCCACUGUACAAAGACUGAGUUUUCUUACUGACGAACAUUUCAAGAGUUUAGAAACCUUGAUGCAUCAUAAAGACAUCUGUAUAUCAAAGCAUGUCUAGCUAGGGGCAACAGUAUCACCUCAGUGAUGGAGUACAACUGGCCAACAGCCUACUCUGGCACUGUAUUUUGCUCUUUGGAUUAAACCAAUAAGUACCAAUUUGUAAAAGAAUUUGGCUAAAACAAUUAAUAUUUUGCAAAAAAGCCUGGAACCUGAAGUGAGCGUAACGCUGAGGUGACAGUUUAUUGAUUACGGAGUAAAGGCUGUGUCAUAUUCAACAGAUGCGCUUCCACUUGGCUUUGAUUAAGUUAAUUUCUUCAAAUGGUAUGUAGGCAGCAGGAGGAAGCACACCCAGUGGCUAGAUAAUUACCUCUCACUGUACUUCAGAAUCAGCUGCUUCAGUUUGGUAGAUGUUCUGUGGAUGCUGAAGAAGGACCUAGGCAGUUCCAACUUACAUUUGGUGUUUUAUUAAGCAAAUUAACCAUUGGUGUCUGCUGAAAGCAGUUUGUAUUGAAGAUCAUUGGGAAAACAUACAAGGAACUGUCAAAUUCUGACAAUAUUUUUAAACUGUUUGCAUGGUGUAAUACUUUUUAUUUUAAUAAUUGCUGUUUUCAACACCUGAGAAAUGGUUUGUAUGCUUUUGGAUUCCCACACGUAUAUAUUUUUAGGGUGCUUGUGUUUUAUUAAAGAACUAUAGUUCAAACUGUUAAAUCUUUCCAGUACGUUUUAUGGAAACAUUGCUGAAGCCAACGCUUGGACUUGUUGCAGCUUUAGCUGAUUUCAGAACAACAUUUCAUCAAUGUGUUCAUUUCCCAUUGUUGUAACUACUGAUAUCUAUUUCUCUUCUUGGUAUAUUUCACUUGUUUCUUCAGGGAUAUUGUCUGUGUUUGGCUAUUUAAACAAAAAUCACCUCAAUGAAACAAUUUAGCUGGAAGACUGUUUAAAUUGAGCUGUUUAUGCUGAAUAGGAAACUCCUUUUCCCAAUUCAGUCGGAGAGUUUAAGGGUUCUGAAUCUCUCUCCUUUCAUAAAAGUCAAUUUUUCUUUCUCUUUUGGUCUUUUAAUCAUACAUGGAAAAUAUCUAUGGUGUCUUAAUAUUCACACCCUUUGUAAAGCCUAAUGCCUUGACCCUUAACAUAUCUUCAACUAGGGUGACAGUAUGGGCCCUGCAAGUAAUCCCCACAUUCCUGAUUAAGGGAUGUGGAAUCAGUCAAAAUUUCUCCAAUGAUGCACUAUCCAUUGACUCCAGCUGGAAUGUACAUGAAUGGGAAACAGAAAUGAGAACAGGUUUUAUUUCAGCUGUAACCACAUUUCAUCGUGCAAUUGUCUCCUUUCGCACUCUGCCUGUAAACUUAGAAAAUAAAAUUAGAUGUCUGGGUGUCAGUGAUUGGUAUCUAUGGAGUCUAGCAACCAAAAUAAUAGUGAAGCUCCCCCGCUUUGUACUUGUAUGGGCUGAACCAACAGCGUUUAUGUUCAUCCCCACACAGAAUUUCCCAUGUUUACACAGAUCCACACACCAGUUCUUCAACAGUUUGCAUAGCCCAAUACACUGUCAUCCUUGUGUUUAUCCAGUCUUUCACCCUAUUUCAUCUUGUGUUUACGCCAGUCCUUGCACUGCUUUUCAUUGUUGAAGCAACACAGUCCCAUGUACUUCCCUUGUAUUUACACAGUCCACAGAAUACCUUCCUCUGUAUUUACAUGGACCUAUGCAUUGACUUUCCCUUGCACUUGUACAGGCCCAUGCAAUUUUCACUUAUGCUUACGUAGUCUGCUGUUAUAAACAUGAAGGCUAGGGGAAUUAAAUAUAUUUAAAAUUACAUUGAACAGAACAAGAUUGAAAACUGACAUUAUUUCAUUGUUAAUAAAGAUUCCAUUUGGGAGAUUUAGAACAAAUAUCAAGAAAAACUGAGUUGAGGCUGUAGAAUUCACUUUGAGAAUUAGUGGUUACUGUCAAAUAUUUCAGAAUAACUUAGAUUGAGAGAUGGGGAAGGGGAAUAUAGAGAAAGGUGAGUAAAUGUGGUUACUUCCAUAUGAGCAAAAGGUCACUUGCAUAUUUGCUGGAUUGAACAGUCUGAUUGUGUUGUAAGUUUAAUGUAUUUCUGUACAUGUUUGUAGUUGGUGUAUAAACGGUUAACAUCAUUGUUCUGAUUUGUUUGAUGUAGGAGAAAGAAAUUUAAUAAUAUUGAAUGUAUAGCUUCUAAACUUUCCUUUGACUAGUCUACAACUGACCCAUACAGCCACCCCAGUUUUGUCACCUGAACUGCACAAAUGUUAACAAGUCCGAGCCAGGAAGGCAUUUGUGGGCCAAAUUAGCCUAAAAAUGUGUCUCCUGGAGUUCCUGUUUCUGACCAUCGUCGAUUGGCGUGCUUAUGUCAAACUUGCCAACACUUGUAGGUGAAGACAGGCCAUUGGGAUGAGAUGUUUGUCUGAUACCUUUGAAAUUGGACAUCAGCAUGUGGUUAAUGCCAUCAGUACAUCAGAACAGAAAAAUUAUGUCUUAGUGGUUACACUUUGGGUCAAAGCCACGAGCAGCACAACAUCUGAUCACUAAGUAGUCCAGAAAUAGAGGCAAUGAGACAAUCUUUUAAGGUCUGUACUUAUGUUCUAGGAGAGUCUGGUCCUUAUGACAAUUAUAAGAAGUUAAUUUUGGGAAUUUAUUCCACACAAAUUUGUCAAAGCAUGCUUAUUUAGAUUCCUGAGAGAAGGUUUUGGGAAGUGUUGUCAAUUGAGCUUUGUAUUUCUGUUCAUUCUUCCAAAACUUAUUCAAUUUUUUCUGUGAUAAAUCUGCAAAACCUGAAAGUUGUUUUUUGUAAAUUGUUGCGUUGGUGAACACAAUAAAAGCCAGUCCCCCCCCUCAA